AUGGAUAUCCACAGGUGCCGAUUUGUGGAUUACACGCCUCACAGUGUCACGGCACUUGCGUUUUCCCAUGCCCUGGCUGCAACUGCACACCCUCCCAAGGGCCUUCGUAUGGCUCUAGGAAGAGCCAAUGGUGAUAUUGAAAUAUGGUCUCCAAGAGCCAACUGGACCCAUGAGUUGACGCUACCGGGCGCACGUGGCCGUACAGUUGAGGGACUCGUUUGGGCAUCUCCAAAAGGCUCGGGCCAGCCUCCUAGACUUUUUUCGAUUGGUGGUAGUACUUACAUCACUGAAUGGGACCUUCGUACGCUUCGGCCCAAGACCAACUACGACUGCAAUGCCGGUGUGAUUUGGUGUAUUGAUGCUAACGAGACUGGCGAUAAGUUGGCAGUUGGCUGUGACGACGGAAGCGUUGUUCUUGUUGAUAUCUCUGGAGGCCCUGGUGUGAUGGAGCACUCUAUGAUAUGCCAGAGACAGGAUCAGAGAGUUUUGGGACUUGCGUUUUACGGGAAGAAUAUGGUAGUUGCAGGCUGUGCUGAUGCUCUGGUUCGUUGUUGGCAGGUUGCUCUGGAUAACGACGAGUCUAGUGACAAGAAUGGCCGUAUUGUGGGUACCAUGAAGGUAGACCGCAGUAAGACUGAAUCUACGCUUGUGUGGACCGUCUUGGCUUUCCCUGAGCGUGGCCAAUUUGUUACUGGUGACAGUACCGGUUCUAUCAAGGUAUGGGAUGCAAAGAACUUUACCAUGGUGCUGAAUUUCAAUGCUCACGAGGCCGAUGUGCUUUGUUUGACCAGAAACGCUGUUGGUGAUAAGUUCUUUUCUGCUGGUAUCGACAGAAAGAUCCACCAUUUCACCUGUCUCAGACCACGCGCCGGUCCUGGCGAAGCCAAGAAGCAAAAGGCUCGUUGGAUCGAUAACGGCAGUAGACUUAUGCAUACCAACGAUGUCAGAGCGAUGGCCAUUUACGAAAGUAAGAGCUUUGGUGUGAUCGUCAGUGGAGGUGUUGAGCGUUCAUUCAUCGUUCAAGAGACCGAACUGUUCGAAACUGGUCCCUUCAAAAAGAUCCUCAUGGACCAACAAGUAUCCAACAUCCAUGUCCAUCCUCAGAGCCGUCUUGUGGCCCUCUUCCAAGACCAAACCGUCAAGGUCUGGGGAUUGGCUGAUCACAGACACAAGCUUUUGGCCAAGCUCACGUUGGCUGAUGACGAUAACAUUACCAGUAUUAGCAUAGGCGAGGAGUUCGAGGCUGGCAAGCAGUACUUGGCUGUGGCCACCAUUAACUCUGUCAAAUUGUUCGUUCUAGAGCACCAGAACUCGAAAAUGGCAGUGGCAAAGAUUCGUGACGACGAGUUCGAGGAAGCUGUUGCCGGCGGUAAGAAAUUAUGGGUUUACAAAGGCAACAAGCUUCUCGUGUUGACGCCAGAAAACGAGUUCUACAAGUUUAACAUUACAGAUAAAAAAAUCAGUCUUGUCGAUGAAGUCGACAGCAUCGACGACGGAACCGAAACCGCCGUCCAAAAGAGCGGUAUCGACUACUACAACAGUGUUCGCUGUGUUUCCAUUGCCCCAGACCACUCCAAGAUUGUCGUGGCCAGAUUUAAUGACGCUGUGGAGGUUCUUCCUCUUCAAGGUAAGCAAAAGGCUUUCCUUUUAACCAAACCAUCUACAUCUGUUCAUCUCAUGGACGUUACCGCAGACAAUACGGUAGUUGUGAUGACGCAAGAAAAUAGAAUCUACGAAUUCCUUCUCAAACUGGGCGGCAGACUUUUGACCGAAUGGUCUGAGAAGAAUUCAGAGAAUGUGCCACUGGCUCUUCUCAAACAAGCACAAAAGCCCAUGGGUCUUUUCGUCAGCGAUAAGAGAGUAUGGGUUUACGGCAGCACAUGGAUGGCUUUUGUUGAUAUGUCAAAGAACAUGAGCCACUCGCGUGCUUCCCGUGGGUCCCUCAAGAGAGGUCGUAACGGUCUCAGUAUCAAUGAUGAAGAGGAUGUCAGUGAACAAAUAGUCAAGGAGUUCGUGAAGAACGACGAGGAGGAAGAUGACCAGAUGGUCGAUGGAGACGAAGACAGCAAGGACAAACCUGCUUUCUGGAUAACACAAAAGUAUAGACCCAUUCUCAAGGUCGCUGCUGUGCAGCAGGACUUGUUGGUGGUGGAGAGAGACGCAUUUGCAUUGCCCCAGGCGCUGGCCUUCGAUGUGCCUGUGUACCGUGUGUAA